AUGCAGUUGAGGUCGCUUAUCAGAACUCAUGUUUGGUCAAAAAUAGGCAAUGGAGCUAAUACUUCAGCCUGGUAUGACUAUUGGUGUGAUUUGGGUCCUUUGGGAGAUUUUUUGUCUCCCAGAACCAUUACUGAUGCUGAUUUUAGAUUGAAGGACUCGGUGGCUAACGUUUAUUCGAAUGGUAUUUGGACCUGGCCCGUAGCAUGGAGAGAUCUUUUUCCGGUUCUUAUUCAACUUGACCAAGUGCAUUUAAAUCCGGCUAAACUUGAUAGACUAUUAUGGCGAGAUGGUGAUGCUAUAAAUGAUUUCUCUACGUCGGCUGUCUGGCAUUCGGUUCGGCACUCGGAACCUGAAGUGAAUUGGUGUAGUGUUGUUUGGUUUGCUCAAUGCGUUCCUCGGCAUGCCUUUAUGAUGUGGUUGAUCAUUAAAGGUAAAUUACUUACACAUGAUAAAAUUCUACAAUGGGAUUUUUCGCGAAGAAAGAACAUGAACAUGAUGUGUUGUCUCUUAUGUUAUGAGAAUUAUGACUCGCAUACUCACUUAUUUUUUGAAUGCAAAUAUUCAUCUCAAGUUUGGAGUAUAGUCCGUCAAAAAGUGGGUAUGAGUUCUGUUCGGCCGAGAUGGGUGGAUAUUGUGGAUUGGCUUCUUGUUCGGGCGAGAUCAAAAUUGGUAACGGUUUAUGUUGCAAAACUUAUGGUUGCGGCAACUUCAUAUUACAUAUGGCAAGAAAGGAAUGCAAGGUUAUUCAAAAAUCAGGUAAGACCUCCGGAGAAACUGAGUGAAAUUAUUAUAAUGACGGUUAGAUACAAGUUGAUGGGAGCGAAACUAAAGAAUAAUGAACGAGUGCGGAAGUUGCUUGGAGAAUGGGAGAUUCAUGGGAUAGCAAAUAACGAUGAUGGAGGCUGA